AAAUAAAUUUCACUUUUUAUAAAGUGUGGCCACAUCAACGAGUUAGCUUGCUUUCCAACACUGCCAAGCGCAUGUGUUUGACUGCAAAGCCGGGUCCAAGCCAAAAAGGUCACAUUGAAAUUUAAGACGCUACAUGCUUGUUUUACGGGGUUUCUUGCAGCCGCGCCCAAGUAGUCACCUGGUAUCAAUUGCAAAUAAAUUGGUGACGGCGAAAACCUUCAGACGUGCAAGCUCAACCACCAAUAAAAACAUGGGAGACAAAGGUGACAAGACAAACAAAAUUGCAUUGGACGAAGCAAAGAAACUAGCAGCUCGGACAGCUGUAGACGAGUGGAUAACCGAAGACACAAAGAUUGUGGGUAUUGGCAGCGGCAGUACUAUAGUAUUUGCCGUGCAGAGAAUUGCGGAACGUGUUUGGAAAGAAGGUGCACUUUGCGACUUGAUAUGCGUGCCCACGUCCUUUCAGGCACGGCAACUCAUCUUGGAUUACAAUCUGAACUUGGGAGACCUGGACCGCAAUCCGAUUAUCGACAUUGCAAUCGAUGGCGCCGACGAGGUGGAUAGCCGUAUGGUGCUCAUCAAGGGCGGCGGCGGCUGCCUUUUGCAGGAGAAGAUCGUGGCUUCGUGCGCCAAGCAUCUGAUCGUCAUUGCAGACUACACAAAACGUUCGCUGCGUCUGGGGGAGCAGUGGUGCAAGGGCAUACCAAUCGAGGUGACACCAAUAGCUCACGUACCGAUUAAAUUAAAAAUUGAGGCGCUCUUUGGUGGCGAGGCGACGUUACGUAUGGCUUUAGCGAAGGCAGGCCCCAUUAUUACUGAUAGUGGAAACUUUCUGUUGGAUUGGCGUUUUGUGGCUAAACGCGAAUUUGAUUGGGACGAAGUUAACCGUGCCCUAAUGAUGAUUCCUGGCGUUGUGGAGACUGGAUUGUUUGUUGAUAAUGCACAUAAAUGUUAUUUUGGCAUGGCCGAUGGAACUGUAAAGGUCCAGAACAGAUAAUUCGACUUGCCAUAGCCUGAUAUUAACUGGGAUUAGUUUAAGAUGUUCUUAAGUCAUCUAAAAAAGAUUUGUAUGACGAAAUAUAAAUGUAACUUAGGAUAGUAGAAUCCACCCACGA